UACGGCCCCGAUCUCGAUCGAGCAUCGAUCUGCACCGAUCACGAGGCACGCCGCUCCCCCCUCGUCAUCUCCCAUUGCGCAGGUCGCCGGAGGGGCAAAGCAGCGGCCAGCGGUCCUCUCCCCACUCUCCGAGCAACCUCUCCCCCCACCAGAUCUCGAGGCUUCUGCCGACGUAAGAGUGUUGUCCAGAUCUCGAACCUUCUAGAAGCCUCCACGGGCCGCGGCCCUCCCCGCCUCCUCCAGAUCCCGAGGCUUGGGUGGGAGGACGCGAGCGGGGGAUCCACGGGACCUUCGACUUCGAGUACCUGCUGCCAGCGAUGCCGAGCAUACAAGAACCACUGCAUUUCAAACCUGAAGAGCCUAAAGUAGUCGUGGCGGAGAACGAGAAGAUGGUUGAUGUUCAGGACAAGGAGGUCACCAUGGAAGGCCUCUGCUCUGUGGCCGCUUACGAUCAAUGGACGCCACUCUCAGUCCCAGGACAGCGUCCGAAACCUCGAUACAAGCAUGGAGCUGCCGUAGUUCAGGAAAAGAUGUAUGUCUUUGGUGGAAACCACAAUGGCCGUUACCUUGGUGACAUUCAGGUUCUGGAUUUCAAAAGUUUGUCAUGGUCAAAGCUAGAAGCUAAAAUUCAAUCAGAAUCAGCUGAACCAGUUUUUGUUGCUCCAUGUGCUGGUCAUUCAUUGAUUCCAUCCGGAAACAAGAUUCUGUCACUUGCAGGACACACCAGGGAGCAUACAGAGAGUCUCAGUGUAAAGGAGUUUGAUCCGCAAACCUGCACUUGGUCAAUUUUGCGUGCUUAUGGGAAGCCACCGAGCUCACGUGGUGGUCAAUCAGUGACUUGUGUUGGGGACACUUUAGUUGUAUUUGGAGGUGAAGGUGGUGGGAGGUCUCUUCUGAAUGACCUGCACGUUCUUGAUCUCGAAACCAUGACUUGGGAUGAAUUUGAGAGCACAGGCACUCCUCCUUCUCCAAGGUCAGAGCAUGCUGCUGCAUGCUAUGCAGACCGGUAUCUCUUGAUAUUUGGUGGGGGAUCUCAUUCUACAUGUUUCAGUGAUCUAUAUCUCCUUGACCUGCAAACAAUGGAAUGGUCAAGACCAGAGCAGCACGGUAUAAUUCCAGAACCAAGAGCAGGGCAUGCAGGCGUAACAGUUGGGGAUAACUGGGUUAUCACUGGUGGUGGUAAUAGUAAGAAAGGUGUUCCAGAAACGCUUGUGCUUAACAUGUCUACUUUGGUAUGGUCGGUUGUUACUAGUUUUGAAGGCCGUGCGCCCCCUACAAGUGAGGGAUCGAGUUUAGUACUUCACACAAUUAAUGGAGAAGACUUUCUGUUGUCAUUUGGAGGAUACAGUGGACGUUACAGCAACGAGGUUUAUGCUCUGAAGACAAGUCUCAGACCAAGUGUGUCGCCUUCACGAAUAGAUGAACUCGAGACAAAUGGCAUGACCCCAUUAUCUGCAGAAGUAAAUUCUAGCAGGGGACCAAUAUUCGAAAUUGAAGAACUUCGAGAUGACAAGAAUAACAAGGGAGGAGAUAUCAAAACCUUGGUGCAAGCAGUAAAGCAUGAGAAGAGCCAGGUAGAAAAAAAACUUGAACAGGAAAAGCUGCAGAGCUUCCACCUGAAGAAGGAACUAGCUGAUGUAGAGAACAAAAAUGCGGAGCUUACUAAGGAACUCCAGUCAGUCCGCGAUCAACUCUCCGACGAAGCAGCGAGGGCUUCCAAACUCGAGGAUGAAGUUUCAGAGAUUCAACAACGGCUGCAGAAGAUGGAAACCCUUGAAAAGGAGUUCGAAUUGCUUCGGAGUGAAAGGGAUGGCGGGUCUGACAAAUCAGGUUCAGGCAGCAACAAGAGGCCCGGCAGCGUGGGCUUCCGGAGGUGGUAUGGAGAUGACGAGCGCUGAAGCGGGGACUCUUCUCUAGGGUCGCAUUCUUUCAUUUUUGGUCGGUUUCUGAUCAUAUAUAUUUUUCGGUUAAUCCAGUACUGAGGCUUAUAUGAAAAGCUUGAAAAUCAUUUUGUAAAGGAAAAGACUGAAAGUAUAUUUUUUUACGAAGAUCAAAUGCCAGAACCUCAGAAACUUGAAAGUAUUACAUUCUGUGGAGUA